AAAAAAAGUCAUUUUCAAUCGCAGAAAUUCAUGAAAAGUAAACGAAAGAUCUGCGCGUUUCAGAAAGCCUAGAGUCUUUCAGCUUUCCGUAGAGUCGCUUCGAAAUGAUGUCAUCGUGUGUAAAAACACCCGCUUGUACCAUGGAUACUGAGGACGCCGCUCCAACGAAGCUGGUUACAUUGUAACGGUAGUUUGUUGAAGUGGCUUUUAUUGGUCAUUCAGAUGGCUACAAUUUCUAUGUCAAGCUGGACACGUUCGAGAGAAAUUUAUACUUUGUACAUACUAAAGCCCGUAUAUGGCUGCUCACGCAAACUAGGACAGCUUGUUGCUAGCUGGCCUGUCUCUAUCAAUAUAAGUUAUUUUUUUGUCCAUUUAUUACGAAAUUCUGAAUCCAAACACCCUUGAAUAAUGAGACCCCAAUCAGAUAAGUCGGUGACAACAAGGAACCUUAUAUAACCUCAUUUUAUAUCAGCUGUGGUGGAGCACACCAACAGGCUAGACACGCAUGUGGAAUCGCGGUGCCCGAAGUUCAGCUCUGGAACGGGCACAAGCCCAGCUCUCCGGCCGGAGGUUGGUCAACACCGUCCCAGAACCAUGGGAGGCGAAAAGAUCAACAAGUUCUUUGGAUGGAGUCGCCAAGACCGCUUUACAAACGAGACAGACCUCAUUCCAGGACCUUAGCGACCUGUCUUCUGAGGGGACAGUGAGCCAUGACAUCAUUCGCCCCACUGCAGCCCGACGGCUGGGGAAGCAGGAACACUCCAAUCCUCCUCCUCCAGCACCUGAAAGCUCUGGAGCUGGAGCCGGGACCGGAGGAGGAGGGAGCAGGUUCCUGAAGAAAGCCCCCCCUGCCGCGGCUAGCAGCCUAUCUCCAGCACUCAGCAAGACCCAGACCCAGCCCCUUGAACCCAGAUAUGUGGCGUCCUCACAGCGGAGUUCCCAAAGCACGGCGCUGAGCAGGCUGGCUCUCAUCGAGGACCGCAUCCGUAACCGCCAGCAGGCCAGAGACGGACCUCCGUCUUCAGCCCCAAACAGAGGCUCCACGCCCGGCCCCGCCGCUCAGGAAACUCCCCUGUCCCUGUCGGCCCAGUCCAGCAGUGACUUGAGCAUGAAGGGCAAACGCUUCCUGAAGACCAAGACCCCGACGACCACAGCUACGACGCUCGCCACCGCUGCUAACGCACCCACUGUGGCACCUAAGGGCUCCGAGGCUAGUUUCAAAACUGCCACGCCAUUGGGCGGUUCCAAAGCCUCACCAGUGGCUGUAGCCAAUCGGGGUGUAACUCUGGACAGUGAUGAGGAGGACAUGAGGCAGCUGUUAGGAGGCUCGUUUGAAUCGCCAGAAGACAGUCUGUUGACAGGCCUCAGGGGAGCAUCACAGAACAUCCCUAGAAAGUCCUUCAGGAAGGGAACCCCGAAGAUCUCGCCCUCCCCUCCCUCGGUUGGAAGAGCCUCCUCAGCGAGAAGGCUGUCGCGCUCCCCGCCCUCCUCUCUCCGAGGGUCCCCGAACCGCUUUGGGUUCUCCAGCCGCCCCCAGGCCCCGCCCAGCCCCUCCCUCUCUGCCCACAGCCCGGUGCUCUCCCCCCUACCCCGGUCCCCAGAGGGCCCCUUCCCAGGCCGGACGGGCUCCCUCCGGAGCAGGCCCCUCAGACGCUCACUCUCCUCUCCCUCAGACCGCAGUGAUGUGCGCUCCCUGGAGGAGCUCUUCCCCGAGGCCCUGGGCUCCCUGGAGGAGCUCCAUCCCGAGGCCCUGGGCUCCCUGGCAGAGCUCUAUCCCGAGGCCCUGGACUCGGAUGAUGUCAUCAGUGAGCACAGUGGCGUGUCUGAUGACUUCAAGAUAAAAGUCAUGUCCCUGGAUGACCUGGCUCCUGUAACCCUUGGAGACACUGGAAGGCCAGCAAAGAAAAAGACGGAGUCCAAAGUGUCCAAACACAGGGCCGUGGUCUCUCCCCGACCUCUAGAAGAGGAGCCCUCUGAGGAGGCGCAGGAGGAGGCGCAGGAGCUGGCGCUGAGCUACGAGAGCGACUUCGAGAGCGAGGUCAGGACGGAGGAGGGCGCCAGCGACAUCUCGGAGCACCUGGGAGACGAGAAAGAGGAGACCUCGGAGGGCGCCAAGUUCAAGCAGCGCCGCGCCGCCGACUCGGAUAGGUCGCACGGCCGCUACUCCGACUACUCCGACAGCCUAUCAGAGAGGAGUCGUCGGUCCCGGUCCCAGUCCAGAUCCUAUGACGGGCAGGACAGCAGGGCAGACGACAAAUCACGAAGCGACAGCACAAUCAGCCGGGCGUCCAGAUCCCCGUCUCGCUCCGACUCCUCGUCUCGCACCGUCACCCCUCCCCGCCGCUCCAAGACCCGCCCCUCGGGUCCAGCCGUCAGGGAGACGGCCUCGCAGACCCAGCCAGACGGCUUGACCUACGCCUGGUCCUCUGGCUUUGCGUCGCUGGGCCCUGCCGUGGGGAUGGCCUAUGUAGACCCCACCCCUGUGGCCAGUCACACCAUCAGUGCGGAGGCUGUGGAGGCCCUCAGCGCCUACAGUCCUGCAGUCUUUGCCCUGAAUGACAUGCUGAGGCAGCAGCUGUCCCUCACCAGACACUUUGUGCAGGCCAACCGGUACCUGUACUCCUCCCUGCUGCAGACCCUGGAGCCUGCAGACUACACCUACACCACCCUGGAGGGCACCAAGGAGUUUAUCCGCUGCCACAAGCCUCCCAGACUGACCAUGGAGGACGCUCUGGAGGAGGUGCUGCAGGAGAUGAGAGACUACCACUACAUCUAGACAUCAUUAAAACUUCUACGAGACACUAUUUUUCUACUUAGGAAACUUGAAUUGUGUCGCUGUCUGUCGUGUUGUGAUGUUACCUCAGAACCAAAAGGCUGUCAUGACAUAAUCAUGUAUUUAUUCAGACCAUUGUGUUUGUGGGCAGUUCAAUGAAAAAGGUUUGCAUGAGAGAUCUUUAUAAAACCUCAAUUAUGUAUUCUAGUGCCACAAAAAUCUAUUUUGCUGUAUUACUGAAAAGUGUAUGCCAAUCACAAUUGUGCUUCUGUGAUAAAUACUCGCACA